AUGGAUGAUAGCAAGACCGACGAGGGCGAUAGACGGACAGCAAACAGCGGGGUCUACCUCGAAGCGUCAAAUAAGCACAUGCGAAACACAACAUUACACACUCUGGCUCUAUGUGUCGGCUCGAUCAGAAAAAGGGAACGUCGAAGCGAUAUGGAGCUGCCGGCUGGCGGCGCGUGGGCGACGGAGGCUGACAGAGGCAGCUCACUUAACUCCAUAGCUGGGAAUGAUUUUCAGCGAUAUCCAGUAGGUAAUGAUUGGCUGUGGGAACAUCUGGACAAAUCCAGGACCACCUGGAUUCAAGGGCGUUCCACCGCACACAUGAUGAUACGCACUGCUUCUUGA